CUUCGUUCAUGUCGAAUUUUUUUGCUUCCAUUUAAGACAGAGUAAUUUGGCGCAGGAGUGUCUGAUUAUCACAAAUUUGGUGUGUGGAGGCGCGGUCUCCAGGACUUCGAGCCUGAUGCGUCUUUUACACGGCUGAGUCAGUCAGCCUGCAUUUUUGAUGGAAAACUCACAUAAAUCAGGCUGUAACACGGGAUAUUUCGCAAUCCUUUAGUUCUGAGAGGUGCAUGUUCAUGUCUCAUUCUAGUACAGGGAGGCUGCAAUAUGUCCAGUCUCACAAUGCUUUCUCCAAGCCUUACUUCGUCCGCUUUCCCACUUCCACACUUCCAAAGGCCCUGUUGGCGAUUGUAUUGCGGUCUCCUCAGCGACGGUUUCUAAAGCUUUGUGAGCUACCUGAGGCUGGCUAUCUGACAGGACUCGAGCAAUUGCAUUGUCUGUCUGGACCCAUUGUCCUGGUACAUCGUCAGCUAGAAGCCUCUACACGCAAUUCUGCGUUAUCAUCGGUGUUGAGGCGAGCUCUCCAAAUAUUAAGUCAAUGCUAUUCCAAAUUGUUAUCGACCUAUCAAAGUUCACCUAGAACCUUGUCGUAUCUACGGAUGCUUUUCUAUUUCCGCAUACUACCAACCGUUCAAGAACACACGGGCACUUGUACAUCAAACUACAUUCUCAAGCCUGUAUCAUUUUUGAUUGAUGAAUUCGCGCGUUGUCUCAGAUACUGGGUUGCAUCACACAAUCAGGCGACUUUUCAGGGGAGAGGGGAGGAUGACACGAGUGAUACACCACUGACGAGGUCGUUAGGACGUUCCAUCUUCAGCUGCAUUGUUCCUGAGUCUAGAUUCGCUCAACCAUCCUCAAGCUUCAGCACUUUCUCGGACCUGUACUAGAUAGCGCUCACUGGCGUAACAUACUACCGAGCGCUGCUCGUCACGUCAUCCUCGCCGAUCAUCGCAUUGUACUCCUUGCAACCAAUUCUCUGCGUCUUUCGGACAAACGUGUACCUCACACGAAUUGGUGCACGAUGUAAAUGCCAUCGUAUUCAAAUUCACUGGGACUCGCUAAGGUGACUUUCAACAUCAACUAACACCCCUGAAAAUUCUUGUCGAAG